AUGUGCGUUCGCCGAGAACGGAGCAAUGCGCAUGUCGCCUUCGUGCGGAGAACAACGACCACGAACAUUGGACCGUGGAUACCUCGGGCCCAUGAAGACUUGCACUCUUCAAUCAAUGGAGACAAAGGCUCGCCAACACACUGGGCUGUCAUCGACCGUAUCCAAGCACAACUCGAACAACUCGGCCUCGAAAUCCAGUGUGACGACCUCAAGUUCACAUACUACGAUGGCCCUCUCUCCGAACCCAGUAUCCACAUCAACGGCGAAAGCGUACCGGUUACCUCUUACUCAAAGUAUUCCGGUUUCACGGAUGCAGACGGCGUCAGUGGUCAACUCGUUGAUCUCACCACCUCAUCUCUAACACAGAUGCCCGACUGGAAGAAAGCCAGCGGUAAUAUUGCUCUGACCAAUAUCACGAACCUGGCGUACGAUCUACCAGAUCUGCUUCCUGUAUGGCCUGGCUCGCCGCCGUGGGAGGUGCAAUACGGCAGUCCGGAGGUAAAUGCAGAAGUGCUUGUGCACAACCUGACUGUCGCCGCGGACGCAGGUGUCAAAGCUGUAAUCUAUGCCUGGCAGAACGCUUCCACUGGCUUGGUUGAGGGACAAUGGGUUCCAUUCCACAACCUCUACCAGGGCGUUCCUACGCUCUUCGUCCAAGGCGAAUACGGCGGCCUCGAGAAGCUCCAGCAAGCUACCAGCGACGGCGCCGAAGCGCAAGUAACGCUCGAAGCCCAGAUGCAACCCGGUCGAACAGCUCGCACGCUUUGGACAGUUAUCCCCGGCACAGACCUCAAGAACGAAUCCGUAAUUUUAAACACGCACACCGACGGGACCAACCUCAUCGAAGAAAACGGGUACAUCGCCCUCCUAGCCUACGCCGCCGAACUCGUCGCCAAUCCGCCUCGACGCACAACUGUUCUUCUGUUCGUAGGCCAGCACAUGCACUUCGAAGCCUUUGCGCAAGCGCCCCAGCGCGCGACGAGUCGAUGGCUCAACCAGCAUCCAGAGUACUGGGCCGGUGAGGGGCAGAGACAUGCUUUCGGGUAUGGGGGGCAGUUGAAGGGGGUUGUGGGGUCUUGUGUUGAGCAUUUGGGGGCUGUGCAUUGGGACGAGUCGGUUGAAGAUGAUCGAUGGUUUGCUACGGAGCAGAUGGAGCCAGAGCUGCUCUAUGCUUCGACGCCUGAGCUGAACCGGCUGUUGAGGGAGCAGUGGGUGGGUGCUGAGCCGAAUGUGACAAGGGUGUCGAAUCCGGUUGACUCCGAAGGUCCCCAGGCUGGGGAGGGCUAUCCGUUCUAUCUCGUCGCCAUACCUAAUAUUAGCCUUGUCACCAACCCAAGCUAUCUGCUCAAGAUCUGGCCGCACAGCUUCGACGAAAAGCGCCUGAUGGACUUGCAUGCCACACGACGACAGAUUGACAGCUUCUUCCGGGUGUGGAAGGGCAUGGACAUGAUGAGCGCUGAAGAGAUGGGCGUGCAGAGUUCAAAUGGAACACAGCAGGCGUUGCAUGUUUGA